AUGGAAAAGGGAUCUGUGAUUGUUCACAAUAAAGCAAAAAGAAGAGAAAUAGAUAAGUCCAAAAAUAAGGAUAUUAAUUUAAUUGAAAAUUAUGGAAUGAAUAACCAUAAAAAUACAACGUUUAACAGCGACAAAAAAACAAAUAACAAAAAUGGAAAAUCAUCCAAAAACAAUUCAGAACUGAGGAAUGCUAACGAAAGUAAUGGGAACGAUCUUUUCUGCUAUGAAUGUUAUCAGGGAGGGAAUUUAAUUUGUUGUGAUAACUGUGUUAGAUCUUACCACAUAUAUUGCAUAGAAGAAUCAGAAAAACCGCAAUCAAACUACAACUACUGGUAUUGCCCACUCUGCAGAAGAAAUGGAGUAUCCUUCGACAUUUCGUUAAAAAGAAGAAAGAAAUUAAAAACUAUAAGUACAUUCGAAAAAAAGAAAGAAAAGGUAAAACAGAAAAGUGAAGGAAGCAAAUAUACAGGACAGAUAAACAUAGGAGAGAACUACCAAGUGUCAAAUGUUUCUACCUUUUUCUUAAAUAGUCAUUCUGAAAAAUAUGAUGAAUCCAACAAAUCGGAGCUAGUUUACUCUCCAUACUUACUCGAACGGAUGAAAGAGAGCUACUUAAACGAGGGUCAAUACGAAUUAGUUAUAAAAAAUGAUUACGAACUAGCUAUUUUUAUAAAAGAACUAGCGAAAAACUGGAAAUGCCAAUUGGGAUGGCACCCGUUUACUCCUGAAUACGCCUUCAAAAUUUUACAUCGAGUUGAUUACAAUCCCAAAAGAGCUAUAGAAUUGCUAAAAAGCGCUGAUUUUAACUUUUUAGAAAUUUGCGAUCCACCCAUAAGGAAGUACGAAAACAAGUGGAGACCACGAGAUAAAAGAGGACAAAUAUCAGAUUCCCCUUAUCCCUCAUCGGAACUUCUUCAAAGUUACAUAAAACGCUCCGUUGAAAUUUCGUUGGAUGAAAAAAAGUACAAUUAUAACGGAAAUGAAAAAAAUAAAUAUUACUGUGAAAUAAAUAAAAACAACAUAAUCGAAUCUAGCUAUCCACAUGAACGCACAAGAAAUGCAUUAAAAAAAGAACUUGAAGAGCAGGAUGAAGAAGAUGAAGAUGAUGACGAAGACGAAGAUGAUGAAGAGGAAGACGAAUUAGAUGAAGUGGUGGACGAAGAAGAGAAUGAUGAAGGGGAAGAAAUCGAGGAGGAAGAAGAUUAUGAAGAUGAUAAAGAUGAUGAAGAAUAUUAUGGCGAGGAUUAUAAAUAA